AUGAGUCGCAAUUUUGUCCCUGCUCUUCUGGCUAUUGGCGUCGGUGUUUUCACAGGCUACUACACCUUCCAACCGACUUUCCAACAACUACAACACGAGAAGGCGAACGCAAACCGCCAGCCUUCUGGUUUGUCUAGUCUUUCUGCUUCGAAGGAGAAAUCCGACGUUUCCCCUCCUCAAGGCGACGCCGCUACGUCAACCACGGAGAAA